AUGACACGGAAAAGACGUGCUAUCACACAAGGGCAAGAGCAGGAGGGCGAUGAGACCCAAAGAAGGAAAUUUGUCGCCUGUCAAAGAUGCCACUCACAUAAAAUCAAAUGCUCCGGAGACCAGCCGUGUACUAAAUGUCGCGCGGUAGGUCUCCCCGACGAAUGCACCUAUGCUACUCGUGAUCGCCAGGUGAAAGUGAGCGAGAACUACCUUGAUCAGAUUCUUGCAGAAAAUCAGCGGCUCAAGGAACGAUCGAUCGCCUCAGCUCGGGUCGCCGAGAUCAAUGACACGGCGCAGAGAGCCGCUUCUAGACAACCAGAAGUCUCUGAUGGAAACGGCAUUCAAAAUCCAUUGAUCGGAGAUCGAGCCUGGUUCCACCGGUAUGAUCCAUCUUCGCCACCCAUUUACAUCGGCGAGGCAGCAUGUUCAGCGUUCGCAACACGAUUCCGGCGUUUCUUGACGGGGAAUAGUGCAAUGCCACAUAUUGCCCGAACGCAGUAUGAGCGCGAAGAAAAAAUCGCGGCGGCGAACGAAGCUGAUAUCCAAUGGCCGAGUCUUCACCAUGCUCGGUUGUUGGUCCGGAUAGCAAUUCACCAGAUCGGACAUGUGUACCACCUUAUGAUGCGCAAGUCAACGUUAGAUAAGCUGGAAGAGAUAUACCAGACACAUGAUUUUGACUGCAAAGUCAACAAGUGCAAGUUCUUUGCCCUUUUCGCCUUUGGACAGGCGUACUCUAUUCGGUCUGAGCCCAAUUCUGGGACCAGGGUACCAGGCACGUCGUACUUUGCUCGAGCAAUAGCGUUGGUCCAGGUUCUACCAGAAAGAACCAGUGUUACGCACUUGGAAACUUUGCUGCUGUUGUCUCUUUUUUCGUACUAUCUCAAUCGACGUCAUUCGGCAUACAUCCUCAUCGGAAACGCUAUGCGAAUGGGGUUGACCAUUGGCUUGAAUCACAAUAUCCCAGAAUCACACCUGAUUGAUCCAGUUGAGCGUCAGCACCGCAUUCAAAUAUGGUGGACGAUCUAUAUCUUCGAUCGGAUGUGGGGAUCCAAAAUGGGCCUUCCAAUGCAAAUCCUCGAUGAUGACAUCCACGUUGACAUGCCAUCGACCAUCUCCCCUAAGUGGCGCCAUGAAGAAGAGCUUUCCGACACAGAAUAUAUGACGGCCAACAUCAAGUUGGCACGAAUAGUUGGCGAAACAAUCACCAGACUAUACAGCCGCCGGAAGUACCAAGAGACCUUCCUUCAACGCGUCCAGAAGCUCCUGAAAGCCCUGAAACACUGGGUAGAAACACUCCCGGAAUCCCUCAGACUGAACAUGGAAGAUCUGGAAUCGAGCAAGAAACCAAUCGUCUCCCUCCACAUGGCUUUCAACCAAUGUGUGAUCCUGUCUACCCGCCCUACGCUUCUGCACCUUUUGAUGAUCCUAAGCAAAACAAACAAGACCCAUCCCAAUAAUGACGCUAAUACAAACACCCUGAGCGGAAGCGAGACCGAGACCGAGACCGAAAAUGCAUCCGUAUCACAACCAGUCUUGACCCUAAGCGAAGCAUGCAUUCAUGCGGCGCGACAUUCCCAUUCCAUGAUCCUGACAAGGUGGAUAAACGGAUCCAUGCCGACAUUCGGCUAUUUCCACGCCCACUACCUCUUUUCCUCCGCGUUGAUUCUGGCAAUGUCCAGCUUCGUUCCGAUUGGGAGUCCCAAUGAUAUGACAGGGUUCGACUCGGCGCUGGAUCUGCUACACUCGAUCACCGAUAAUGGGAAUUUGGCUGCUGCAGAAUUCUACCAUAAUCUUGAACAAGUGAAGAUUUGCUUGGAGGCCUAUCGAGGUGUGAGGCUGGGUCACGGAAAUGCUGGGCUCGCUACGGGUGGGGAAGUUGCUUCUUCUUCUACCAACACUAACGCAAGUGGUAAUGUACCCUCUACUGCUGCACCGGCCCUAUCCGGGCCAUCGUCGGAAUCGGUACCGACAACGACUACGACGCUUUCCAUGAGCACUUUGCCACUCAACCCAUCGACAUCGACAUCGGCAUCUAUACCUGCGGCGUCGGUGAUGCCCACAACACACGAUAUCCUGGCUUCUGCCACAACCACACAGCCAAUCCACAGCCAUGGCAUUGAUGCAUAUAAUUAUCCUUUGGGAGACACCGUUAGUGGAUACACGACUGAGAUGGCGUUUCUAGAGCCGACCAUGCAGGAUUUUCUGGCGCAGUCGGAUAUCGAUCUUGGACUGUUACGUCCAGUUGAUACCUUUUUCAACGAGGCGGAGAAUCUGUACACAUGUCAUGAAUUUUGA